AUGGCGUAUGGCUCUCCCACUAGGUCCCCUCCCCCUCCGGAUACGCGUACCAUCGUCACCCGGAGGACAUCACAUAGCGAAUAUGGUGAGUACCCCAGUGCCCGGAACCGUUCCAGAAUUAGGAGCUCUGGAAGUCCUGAAACCCGCGGUCGCCGCAGGCAGACAUCCUACUCAGAAUCUAUAUGCUCGAGCACUCUUGAACCUGAACUGCUAUACGAGAGAUACGGCGUGAACUAUCGACAACCCGACAAUGUCAUUGAUAUCGAACUUCAAGACCUCCCUGGCGAUUCAAACUUUGAUCCACAAACACCUGCGAGGCAAUCCACGCGCCAGAGGCUCGAACAGCUGGCACAUGCGCGUCAACGCUACCACAUUGAGGCUAUCGAAAGAAGAAACAUCCUUAGUGUCCGUAGGUACGUCGACCAAGAUGCGAGCGAAAUCGGCGUCGUACAAUCCCAGACUGCAGACCCUGGAUAUAAGAACAGCGACCAGUUUCAGUGGAUCCACCUACAGACUACGCACCGGAAGCUGCAGCAUUUCCAGACCUUUGCGACGACGAUUGAAUCACUAGAUCCGAUCGAGCGCAGCCUCGCAUCCAUCUUACUAGGCAAAGUCGCCGCAGAGCUUGGGCAGGAUCAUACUACGGGAAAGUUCCUCCGGGCAAGAGUCGAUCGAUGUGAUGGGCACAAGAAAACAGAGCCCGAUAAAUGGGUCAUUUUCCUGUCCACACCCUAUCUAGACAGUGGGAAAUUUGACCGGGAUCUCGAUGCACAGUCUGUGGGCACUGCUGUUCAGUUCAGGUAUUGCCACCGUCGGCGUUGCAAUUCCGUCUUUUUUAACAAUCGGCCAGGAACCCUGGUCACGAGUUCUCCAGAUCCCGCUGAUGAGAUGCUUGGCCCUUUGAUUCUGAUGGAAGACGUUACCAAUCAGGUCGAAACUGGUGAAUUGCAGAUCAUUCGGCUGCUUGACCCGACCGACAGAACCUUCUUCAUUCCCCUAGGUCAGUGUCGGACCUGGUUUGCUAGGAUGGACAAAGUUGUGGGACUCUGCACUCGAAGAUUUGGAGCCACACCGGAGAUGUACCGUCUCAGUGACAAAGACGGGAAUGAGAUCACCGCUGCGGAGUGGCAGCAGUUUAUCAGUAAUCAAAAUGACUUUAGCGCUACGGUGCGGGUUUGGCUAUACUCGACUUCACCGCCGCCUCAAGCACCCCCACCACCCAGCAGUGGCCAGGACCUGCCACCUAACAACGAUUGGCCUAGGGGUCGAAAUGAGCUUGUCGUACGACGCCGUGAGGUCAGCUUGGAGCGUCCGCGGUCAAGAAGACCGAAACGAACCCGGCAAUCAAUCAAUACAAUUGAUCGUGCACGUGGCGUCACACAAGAAAACGGAAUACCACCCUUUCAACGCAAGACAAGUACAUUGGAUGAGGAAAGACAAGUAAAAGCGAGGCGAGAUCAACUUGAACGCGAGGUUGCCAAUGUAAUCCAGCUCGACCAGCGUCAUCUUCCCCCAAGACACUCUGAUGACGUUGUCACAGACCACAUUGAUGAUUACCGUGCAGACCAUAGAGAACAGACGACGGUCCACUCGGUCCUGGUGGAGGGCAGCCAGGGGGACAUUGUAGACUCGCCUUCCGAGUUAACAGAGUCUCCCGCUGAUGAAAACAUCAAUGUUCAAAAGCAGCGCGAGCCGAGGCCGAAGGAAAUCGCUAGCCGGAGGGACACCACGGACACCACUCAACCAUCUUACCCUGCAAUCAACCCUUUCAGAAAUAGCAGCUUGAGAAGCGGACAACGAAGGUCACAUCACGGCGAUUCAUUGGCUUUAGUUCCUUACAGAGGCCCCGGCGAAACGGCUGGCAAGAAACAAGACUGGGCUCUUAGAAGGAUAUCGCCAUCAUCAUCACCAUCACCAGAUCUUCUGCCAGGCCGAGACAACAGAGCUCUCAUUAUCAAGAAGGAUGUAAUUCGGGAAGAGGAAGUCGAUUUUGAGACAUGGCAGACGCAAAGACGCAAAGACCCAAAAUACAUUAUCCGCAGUAUCCCCAAUAUCAUCAUGAACGCUGCUGGCCGUGAUGGUGGCAAGUUUGACCAUAUCUUCUACUUUCCCGAGGACGUUCUCGACUCCUUGAUAACGCCUGCGGGAGAUUCUCAACGUCCUCUGGACACGGAUGAAAAGAGUGGAACAACGAGGAAGGUAGUCGAGGGACCUGAAGCACAUAUAUCUCCUUCGAACUCCCAGCCCCCCUUACAAGGCGAGGAGAGACAAACCAAAGAACCGAGACCGGCCUGGAAAAAGCAUCGGAACGAGGCGGACAAACCUCAGGAUCCGCCGCCACCUGUCUUCCUCUGGCCUAUUGAUUCUGUGAAACAACAACACCAUGGUACUAAACUUCGUCAAAUCGAUUCGAAUCUCACCCAAGGUAAUCGAGUUCAAGCUCAUAGACUCGGUGAGCUUAGUGAGAAAGAGGCGCCAAUCUAUAAAGGUCUUUUCGAAUCGUCAAGGGACGCAGUCGCCAAGAGGGUUACCAGCUUCUGCGGAGCUGGUUCAUCAGGAAAGGCCAAAGAUGAAACAAAGCCGAAUCUCGACAUCUGUACCCAAGUGAGACUGUGCUUCGAUACCUUAGUUGAACUAUUGGAAUUCUUCCUCCCUCAGGACUACCCGUCUGUGGUAGUUAAGAAGUUCUGUUCAGCAAAAGAUACACCUCCGAAUACCACCACUGGCACCAAGCGUCGUCCGGAUCCUGCCAAAGCUCCCGAUAUCUACUACGUUGUCAGAGCCGACUGGGCCCCUCGAAGCUCUCAACUGCCAGAGCUCAAGUACCCUGAUCGCGAUGUAGACCAUUGCACUGAGUGUGUGGAUCGGCAGUCAUACCCGCGUCUUGAAAAUGUGCUUCAGCACUUGCGGGAGGUGCAUUUCACCUCGGCGACGGCAUCGGAGAAUGACAUUCACGAAUGGGUUAGGGCAGGGAACCAAAUCGACGCUUUUCAACUGCAAUGUGAUGCCAUACGACUAGUCGACACCGUCCGGGACCACUGGAUCUGGUUGGCCUAUAUCAAAAACAGCUUGACCACUUGGUACGUAUUCUCCCCGUCUCCGCCAAGACCUCUUCCACUCCCCAUUGACGUUCAUCUGCUUAUAUUGUUGAUGGCUUUCUCAUUUCGAUGUUUGAAGAUUUAUGAGAUCAAUAGUCGACCCCGGCGCCGUCUCCUGCAAGAGAUACAGAAUCUCGAAGAAGAAACAGAAGCCGUCCAAGGUGUCAUGGAGCAAUCCUGGACGAUUCUAAACAAUUACAACGAGAAACUCGCUCCAGAGGGAUUUUUAGCGACGACGACAACACGUCAGGCGUUGUUUCAAGACUUUGAACGGCCUCUUUUUUACAAAUUACGGCGGGAACAGUGGGAGGAUAGCGACUCGUACGAGCAAAUCCUGGAGGGUAUACCGCGGCUCCGCUCCCUGUUGGUUCAGAGCGUCGAGAUCCAGCAGGAGGACCAUGGGAAGGCUAUUCUGGUUUUCACCCUUGUCACCGUCAUCUUCCUGCCCAUGUCCUUCGUUGCGGGAUUCCUCCGCAUGAAUACACAGGACGUCCGCAGCCUUGGGGAGGGCCUGUGGAUCUUCUGGGCAACCGCAUUGCCUGUGACUGUCUUUGUCGUCGCUUUGUCUGUCUGGAUUGGAUAUUGGAGCGAGUCACUGAGUCUCCGGUUCCAGCAAGUUGAGGAAAAACUGUUAGUCAGGCGAGGUCACUCAGACAACCCAAGCCGGCAUUCUAUGAACAGGUACAGAAAGAGGCAGGGUGAUGAAUCUGGGGUGAGUGGGUCGAGCAAGCUAUCUCCAUUGACCAGCAAGCUUGCAGACGCCAUCCACCAUCUGCGUUCGAGAGGUAGCGUGAGGCGUGCGAGGAUGGACCACAAUGGGAAACCAGAGCAUGAUGGGCAAGUAUGA